CUGUGUGAGGCCCUGUCGUCUUGGUCCUCUCGUGUUUCCCGCCACUUUUUCCCAUCAAUCUGUCACCAGUAUUCCUACUUACGCGUCCAUUAUCGCAGCCUCAGGCCCUUGGUUUCGUUAUAUACCCUCGUUUCGCUGCGCCAUUCCUCCAAGUCGCUUGUUCUGACCCAUGUCUGUUCUUCGUACCCGCCCGGCGCUUUGACUUUUCUCCGCAAUCAGUUUUUCCACCGCCUCAUCCUCCCAGGCACUAUGCUCUGGCUCCAGGCCGAGAAUGGAGAAACCGUACUGCAGCAGUUGCAACUUGAUAUUGUCGGUUUCCUCGCUAUCUUGGGCGAGGGUUCCGUGCUUGCCAAUGCCCAAGUCUCUACUCUCUCGAAAUGGAUCUUCCUUCCACGCUUAAUCCCGGCUCCUCAAGCAUUGAUGAGACCAACCAGGCCUACUGUACUCGAACCGGUCCCUGGGCAUAUAACUGGUAUUUACUCAGGCAACUACAAAGAUACGAUCAAUCACAUUGGCAACAUUGUCUGUGAUGCCAACAGCCUCCCAGCACACUCCGUGCGCGUUGUCCGCAUCAAACGCACUGGAGUAAGCCUUGUGAAAUCCCGGACCAUCGCCCCCCUCACAGGCGUCCUAUUCCUUGGCUUCUUCCUCUCGUGCGUCCUCCUUGGACUUUCGAUCUGGCGUCAGGAUGGCAUGUCCCUAGUGGCCACAUGUCUUCUCUCGUUCUUGUCCUCCCUCAUCGGCUACGGCAACAAAUGGGAACUCAAGCUGCCAGAACGCAGAUCGAAGAAGGGCAAUGUUCCCCCGGGCGACGUCGUUAUACGGUAUCCUAAAGGCAGCUUCCUGAUCGUUCGGUGUCCUGAGGAAGUCGCUCGAGAGUUGUAUUUCGCACCGGAGACUAUCCAGUAUCUCCUGCAGCAUGGACCAGCCUAUCGCCUUCUUAGCCUGGUCGGCACCAUCAUGCUCAUGGGCGGCGUCAUCUGCCUCGCCAACGCCCAAAUCGAAUCGCAGAUAGCGUGGGCGGCAUCGUAUAUGCUGCUGGGUUCAUCGUAUUGGAUAGUCGCGGCUUUGCCGGCAAAGCUGCACUGGGAUUACUCAUGCUACACCGUCACCAACGAGCGCCUUUCGGACUCGAAUCAGUCAGCCAAGGGUUUCCCUUCAGAGAGUCCUACUUUCACACAAGCUCUGUGGAAAGCAAUUGUCGUCUCAAAGCAAAUAGGCUGGGUGCGGCUGAGCAAUGCCUGUCCAGAUACGCCGGCCUGGCAAAGGUGGUUGAAGCAGGCCGAGCAGCAAGCCAGGACAGUACAGCUGGUAGAGAGCAAGACAGAAGAGAAGGUGACGACGUGGGAGAUCCCGGACUGGGACGCGCAACAGGCUCUGGUUGCGCUGCUGAACGAACAGGCUACGGACGAUACCGCAAGCAUCAAGAACGCUGAGGAAGUGGUGGUACGGAACAUGGAAGAAGCCUAGGAUGGCAUCAUGUUGAGACCGCAGCAUUCUGACAUCGCAGCAUUGAAAUACAUAUGGCAAGGCAUUUACGACUUACGACCUGAUGAUUUAAGGACAUUUGGAUUUGCAAUCGCAUCGUAUGGUUUCAGCGUUCAGCAUCUUGAAAACGAAAAUUAGCAUGUAGCGUAGCAUGGUUGCCUCAGGCAUCUUUACCAUAUCCUUAAUCUAGCAUGAUUUCUUCCUG